CAGUUUUAGAAAAGCGGGUAUUGAAUGUUUUCGAGAUAGGAGUUGGCCUACGCGCUGCAACAGCCCUCUAAAGAAGUUUAGUGGCAGGUGAACUUAAGGGACCAAAGUGAUAACAUAAAUAUGUAGGAACAACCACAGAGUUUUAGCCAAGGAGAGGUAUAAGUUAGCCUAAUUAGACUUAGUUACACUGCGCGCACCAUUUAAUUUGGAACAUGACGUGUUGUGCUAUUCAUUGCAUUACAAUGAAUGGGACAUGAGAGAUUCUGGAUGCCAUGGAUGUUUUGUGGAUGUGUUUGAUGUAAAAUUACGUGUACAACAAUCUAGUGUAUAUUCCUGUGAGUGUAUGUAGUCCUCAUAGGCGGGAGUAAUAGCGGUCAAGUUAGAUCCCAUCGAGGAGGGGCCGUCUGUAGGGGAGUAUCUUUUGGUGAGGGAGGGUAGCGCUGAGAGAUAGAUGCUGGAAUUUCUGCAUACUCGCGUGGCGUUCAACAAAAUUGCUUAUAGAGGGAGAGCGGUUUAUUCCUGCGAAACAUUGCCCUCGGCUCUUCUUUGACAACACCAGGUGGCGAGCUCAGCUCUGGUACCCCAAGAUGGCACAGCGGACUGGGCAGGAGGACCCGGAGCGAUACCUGUUUGUAGAUCGGGCAGUAGUCUACAACCCCGCCACGCAGGCCGACUGGACAGCCAAGAAGCUUGUGUGGAUCCCCUCAGAGAGGCAUGGCUUUGAGGCGGCCAGCAUACGCGAGGAGCGUGGCGAGGAGGUGAUGGUGGAGCUGGCAGAGAAUGGCAAAAAGGCUGUGGUUAAUAAGGACGACAUCCAGAAGAUGAACCCGCCGAAGUUCAGCAAGGUGGAGGACAUGGCCGAGCUCACCUGUCUCAACGAGGCCUCCGUGCUGCAUAACCUGAAGGACCGUUACUACUCUGGCCUCAUCUAUACAUACUCCGGGCUCUUCUGUGUGGUCAUCAACCCUUACAAGAACCUGCCCAUCUACUCUGAGAACAUCAUUGAAAUGUACCGGGGCAAGAAGCGGCACGAGAUGCCCCCCCACAUCUACGCCAUCUCUGAGGCGGCCUACCGCUGUAUGCUUCAAGAUCGAGAGGACCAAUCCAUCCUGUGCACGGGCGAGUCUGGAGCAGGUAAGACGGAGAACACCAAAAAGGUCAUCCAGUACCUGGCCCAUGUCGCCUCCUCGCACAAAGGACGAAAAGACCACAACAUUCCUCCUGAUUCGCCUAAGCCAAUGAAGUUCCAGGGCGAACUGGAGCGGCAGCUUCUGCAAGCCAAUCCCAUUCUCGAGUCCUUUGGGAAUGCCAAGACGGUGAAGAACGACAACUCAUCACGUUUCGGAAAAUUCAUCAGAAUCAACUUUGAUGUCACCGGCUACAUUGUCGGAGCCAACAUCGAGACCUACCUUCUGGAAAAAUCCAGAGCCAUACGCCAGGCCAAAGAUGAGCGGACGUUCCACAUCUUCUACCAGCUGCUUGCUGGAGCAGGGGAGCAUCUGAAAUCUGACCUGCUCUUAGAGGGCUUCAGUAGCUACCGCUUCCUCUCCAACGGCAACGUUCCCAUUCCCGGCCAGCAGGACAAGGACAACUUCCAGGAGACCAUGGAGGCCAUGCACAUCAUGACGUUCAAUCACGAGGAGAUCCUGGCCAUGCUUAAGGUGGUCUCAGCAGUGCUGCAGUUUGGCAACGUUGUCUUUAAGAAGGAGAGGAACACAGACCAGGCCUCCAUGCCCGAGAACACAGCUGCUCAGAAGCUCUGUCACCUGCUGGGCAUGAACGUCAUGGAGUUCACCCGCGCCAUUCUGAGCCCACGCAUCAAGGUUGGCAGGGACUACGUGCAGAAAGCCCAGACCAAAGAGCAGGCUGACUUUGCUGUGGAGGCCCUGGCCAAGGCCACCUACGAGCGUCUGUUCCGCUGGCUGGUGCACCGCAUCAACAAGGCCCUGGACCGCACCAAACGCCAGGGGGCCUCCUUCAUCGGCAUCCUGGACAUCGCCGGCUUUGAGAUCUUUGAGCUGAAUUCCUUUGAGCAGCUCUGCAUCAACUACACCAACGAGAAGCUGCAGCAGCUCUUCAACCACACUAUGUUCAUCCUGGAGCAGGAGGAGUACCAGAGGGAGGGCAUCGAGUGGAGCUUCAUCGACUUUGGCCUGGACCUGCAGCCCUGCAUCGACCUCAUUGAGAGGCCGAACAACCCCCCAGGAGUGCUGGCCCUGCUGGACGAGGAGUGUUGGUUCCCGAAGGCCACGGACAAGACGUUUGUGGACAAGGUGCUGCAGGAGCAGGGGACCCACUCCAAAUUUCAGAAGCCACGCCAGCUUAAGGACAAGGCCGACUUCUGCAUCAUUCACUACGCCGGACGGGUUGACUACAAAGCAGAUGAGUGGCUGAUGAAGAACAUGGACCCUCUGAAUGACAACGUAGCCACAUUGCUGCACCAGUCCACAGACAAGUUUGUGGCAGAGCUCUGGAAGGAUGAGAUUCAGACCUUUCAGAGAGCCUCUUUCUAUGACAAUGUAUCUGGUCUCCAUGAGCCUGCAGGUGAAGUGGACCGGAUCGUGGGCCUGGACCAGGUGGCCGGUAUGAAUGAGACAACAACCUUCGGCGCCGCCUACAAGACCAAGAAGGGGAUGUUCCGCACUGUCAGCCAGCUCUACAAGGAGCAGCUUUCCAAGCUCAUGGCCACACUCCGAAACACCAACCCCAACUUUGUGCGCUGCAUCAUCCCCAACCACGAAAAACGGGCGGGUAAGCUGGACCCCCACCUGGUUCUGGACCAGCUAAGGUGCAAUGGUGUGCUGGAGGGAAUCCGUAUCUGCAGACAGGGCUUCCCCAACCGCAUCGUCUUCCAGGAGUUCAGGCAGAGGUACGAGAUCCUCACUCCCAAUGCCAUUCCCAAGGGCUUUAUGGAUGGCAAGCAGGCCUGUGAGAGAAUGAUACAAGCCCUGGAGCUAGACCAGAACCUCUUCCGCAUCGGCCAGAGUAAGAUCUUUUUCCGGGCCGGAGUCCUGGCUCACCUAGAGGAGGAGCGUGACCUCAAGAUCACCGACAUCAUCAUCUACUUCCAGUCCGUCUGUAGAGGAUACCUGGCUCGAAAGGCCUUUGCCAAGAAGCAGCAGCAGCUCAGUUGCCUGAAAAUCCUCCAGAGGAACUGUGCUGCCUACCUGAAGCUGCGCCACUGGCAGUGGUGGCGCCUCUUCACCAAGGUGAAGCCUCUUCUGCAGGUGACCCGGCAGGAGGAGGAGAUGCAGGCCAAGGACGAGGAGCUGGCUAAGGUCAAGGAGAAGCAGAGUAAAGUGGAAGGGGAGCUGGUGGAGAUGGAGAGGAAGCACCAGCAGCUGGUGGAGGAGAAGAACAUCCUGGCCGAGCAGCUGCAGGCUGAGACGGAGCUGUUUGCCGAGGCUGACGAGAUGCGAGCGCGGCUUGUGGCCAAGAAGCAAGAGCUGGAGGAGAUCCUGCACGACCUGGAGUCCCGCGUGGAGGAGGAGGAGGAGAGGAACCAAUCUCUUCAGAACGAGAAGAAGAAGAUGCAGUCUCACAUCCAGGACUUAGAAGAGCAGCUGGAUGAGGAGGAGGCGGCUCGGCAGAAGCUCCAGCUGGAGAAGGUGACGGCUGAAGCCAAGAUCAAGAAGUUUGAGGAAGACAUUUUGUUGCUUGAGGACCAGAACUCCAAGUUCCUGAAGGAAAAGAAACUUCUGGAAGACCGUAUCAACGAGAUGACCUCCACACUGGCUGAAGAAGAAGAGAAGGCCAAGAACCUGGGCAAGACCAAGAACAAGCAAGAGAUGAUGAUGGUGGACCUGGAGGAGCGCCUAAAGAAGGAGGAGAAGACCAGGCAGGAGCUGGAGAAGGCCAAGCGGAAGCUGGACGGCGAGACCACGGACUUUCAGGACCAAAUCGCCGAGCUGCAGGCCCAGAUCGAGGAGCUGAAGCUCCAGCUGGCCAAGAAGGAGGAGGAGCUCCAGGCCAUGCAGGCCAGGGGGGAUGAGGAGGUGACCCAGAGGAACAACGCUCUGAAGCAGGUGCGGGAGCUGCAGGCUCAGCUGGCAGAGCUGCAGGAGGACCUGGAGUCGGAGCGCGCCUCCCGCAACAAGGCCGAGAAGCUCAAGAGGGACCUGAGCGAAGAGCUGGAGGCCCUCAAGACCGAGCUGGAGGAUACGCUGGACACCACCGCCGCCCAGCAGGAGCUCAGGACUAAGCGCGAGCAGGAGGUGACAGAGCUGAAGAAGGCCAUCGACGAGGAGACCAAGAACCACGAGGCCCAGAUCCAGGAGAUGCGUCAGCGGCACUCCACGGCCCUGGAGGAGCUCUCUGAGCAGCUGGAGCAGGCCAAGAGGUUCAAGGCGAACCUGGAGAAGAACAAGCAGAGCCAGGAGAGCGUUAACAAGGAGCUGGCCAUCGAGCUGAAGGGAGUGCAACAGGCCAAGACUGAGUCGGAGCACAAGCGUAAGAAGCUGGAGGGACAGCUGCAGGAGUUCAUGGCCCGUGCCACAGAGGGCGAGAGGGUCAAGGGCGAGCUGGCUGACCGCACACACAAACUGCAGACGGAGCUGGACAGCGUGUCUACUCUGCUGGAGGAUGCUGAGAGGAAGGGAAUCAAGAUGGCGAAGGAUGUGUCCAGUCUGGAGAGCCAGCUGCAGGACACACAGGAGCUUCUGCAGGAGGAGACGCGUCAGAAGCUGAACCUGAGCAGCCGUGUGCGGCAGCUGGAGGAGGAGAAGAGUGGCCUGGUGGAGCAGCAGGAGGAGGAGGAGGAGGCGCGCAAGAACCUGGAGAAACAGCUGGCCGCCCUACAGGCCCAGCUAGUGGAGUCCAAGAAGAAGCUGGAGGAUGACGUGGGGGCGCUGGAGGGCCUGGAGGAGGUGAAGAAGAAGCUGCAGAAGGACAUGGAGUGCACCAGCCAGCGGCUGGAGGAGAAGGCCCUGGCCUUCGACAAGAUGGAGAAGACCAAGACCCGGCUGCAGCAGGAGCUGGACGACCUCACUGUGGACCUGGACCACCAGAGGCAGAUCGUCUCCAACCUGGAGAAGAAGCAGAAGAAGUUCGACCAGAUGCUGGCUGAGGAGAAGUCCAUCUCGGCGCGCUACGCUGAUGAGCGGGACCGGGCGGAGGCAGAAGCCCGUGAGAAGGAGACAAAGUCACUGUCUCUGGCCCGGGCGCUGGACGAGGCGCUGGAGGCCAAGGAGGAGUUUGAGCGGCUCAACAAGCAGCUGCGCGCCGAGAUGGAGGACCUGAUGAGCUCCAAAGACGACGUGGGCAAGAAUGUCCAUGAGCUGGAGAAGUCCAAGCGCACCAUGGAGCAGCAGCUGGAGGAGAUGCGCACUCAGCUGGAGGAGCUGGAGGACGAGCUGCAGGCCACCGAGGACGCCAAGCUCAGGCUGGAGGUCAACAUGCAGGCCAUGAAGGCUCAGUACGAGAGAGACCUCGCGGGCCGCGAUGAGCAGAACGAUGAGAAGAAGAGGCUACUGGUCAAACAGGUGCGGGAGAUGGAGGUGGAGCUGGAGGAUGAGCGCAAGCAGAGGGCACUGGCAGUGGCCGCUAAGAAGAAGCUGGAGAUGGACCUCAAAGACCUGGAGUCUCACAUCGAAGGGGCUAACAAGGCCCGCGACGAGGCCAUCAAGCAGCUACGCAAGCUCCAGGCCCAGAUGAAGGACUACCAGAGGGAGCUGGAGGACGCCCGCGCCUCCCGAGACGAGAUCUUCACCCAGUCCAAGGAGAACGAGAAGAAGCUCAAGAGCCUGGAGGCCGAGAUUCUUCAGCUGCACGAGGACCUGGCCUCAUCCGAGAGGGGCCGUCGACAUGCAGAGCAGGAGCGGGACGAGCUGUCAGACGAGAUCGCAAACAGCACCUCUGGGAAGUCUGCCCUCAUGGAUGAGAAGAGGAGGCUGGAGGCUCGCAUUGCUCAGCUGGAGGAGGAGCUCGAGGAAGAGCAGAGCAACAUGGAGCUGCUCAAUGACCGCUUCCGCAAGACCACCAUGCAGGUGGACACAUUGACCACGGAGCUGGCGGGGGAGCGCAGCGUGGCCCAGAAGAGCGAGAACGCCCGGCAGCAGCUGGAGCGCCAGAACAAGGAGCUGAAGGCCAAGCUGCAGGAGCUGGAGGGCUCCAUCAAGAGCCGCUUCAAGGCCUCUAUCGCCGCCCUGGAGGCCAAGAUCCUGCAGCUCGAGGAGCAGCUGGAGCAGGAGGCUAAGGAGAGAUCCGCAGCCAAUAAGAUUGUGAGAAGGACGGAGAAGAAGCUGAAGGAGGUGUGCAUGCAGGUGGAGGACGAGCGUCGCCAUGCCGACCAGUACAAAGAGCAGAUGGAAAAGGCCAACUCGCGCAUGAAGCAGCUGAAGCGUCAGCUGGAGGAGGCGGAGGAGGAGGCCACUCGCGCCAACGCUAACCGCAGGAAGCUGCAGAGGGAGCUGGAGGACGCCACCGAGGCUAGCGAGGGCCUGAGCCGCGAGGUCAACACACUCAAGAGCCGCCUCAGGCGCGGGGGUCCCAUCAGCUUCUCGUCGUCGGGCCGCUCCGGCCGCAGGCAGCUGCAGGUGGAGGGAACUUCCCUGGACAUGUCCGACGACGACCUGGACAGCCGGGCCAGCGAUGCAGCCAAUGCCAACGACACCACGGCCCCCCAGGCCAACAACCAUCAGCAACCACAGCAACCGCAACAGCCCCAGCCCCAGGCCCAGCAGCAGCCCUAGACCUGAGGCCAAGGCCCAGAAGAGAGGCCCCUCGGCAGGCAUGCAGCAUGGCCUCUCCCCUGCCGCCACCACUCCUGACCCCAGACGCAGGCGCUGCCUCUAGAAGCCCAACAGAUCCUCCCCUUCCUAGUGGUCUCUGCACGGACCACCACUCUGCCUUACCAGAUCCCUUAUCAUCUGUCACACACAGUCAUAGCACACUACAGCAAGCUGCAGGGCCAAGAAAAAGAAAACAAUUAUAUGUUUCUCUUUCUCUCUUUCUCUCUCUAAAUCUGUCUUGUAUGCAUAGCAUUGGAAUAGUAUGCUUGGAUCUAUACUGAAAUAUAUUUUCAAAGUGCAUUUCUAAAAAUAGUAUGUGUGUAGGCAAUCAGAUGAAUAGUUAAGAGGGGUCUUUCGUUUUUUCUAUCAUUAUUAUUAUUAUUAUUAUUAUUAUUUCCAUUUUCUUUGUGUGUGUGUGUGUGUGUGUUUGUGUGUUCUUCUUUCCCCCCUCAAUCUGCCUGCAAGACUUGUUUGGCUCAUUUAACCUUGCCUGGAUUUAUUUAUCUCAAAGGCUAGAUUGCACAUGCCCCCCAAAGUCUAUGGUUUCACAGAAUGCUAUGUUGGACCUGAAUGCUCAGCCUAUGACCAGUUUAUUAGGCACAUGAGAAACCAGCUCACUGAGGGAACUAUCUUAAAGAUGAUAUAUUUUGCAAAAGGAUCAGUUACUCUUUUGUUACAAUUUAAAUGUAGAAGUAGGGCAAAACACAGAACAGCUCAGCUGUGUUAGAAAUAUGUAGAAUUUGCGGGUCAGUACUGACAGCCCUUCCACAAAAUGGUAGUCAUUACUAGCUAAUUAAAACCUUUAAAAUCAUUCUGCUUCAAAGUAUUGGAUUGCAAAGAUACAGGUGUAGUCUAAGGUUUAACGAUUUGGGGAAAAUAUCUAAUUGCGAUUUUUCGAAUAGAUAUUGAGAUUUUAUUUAUAUGAUAUAAUUUUUGAAAGUCAAGCUUCAGUACUAUAUUCCAAAUGUUGCUUUAAGUUGGACAACUUAUUGGUUGGUGAGCAUGCCUAGUGAGUGCAUGAAAAGCACAGCACUCCUGUUAAGUGAGCUUCACUGCCUGUCACACAAGGAGGAUGACAGGAAUAUAAAAAGCAUACAGUAGAUGUGACAAGAUUAACCAUUGGGGCAGAGUUGCAAGCUUCACAAGUACAGUAAUUGCAGCCUUUACAUUGGUUCAGAUUGUCCUGUGAGUUUAGACUGAUUUCUUCCCUCCUAUAUCACCAGGAUUGGGGGUAGGCUCAUUAGAACAGUCAGUUAAGAAUGAUGCAAUGGUCAGUAAUUGCGAAUGUCUUUAUAAUCAUGGUCCAUUCCUUGUAAUUUGACGUUUGUUUUUCUUGAUCUAAAAGCAUGCACCUGUAAAUGCUUCCUUUUCAGAAUUGGCCAUGUUCUAUCUUUACAGUACAAGAACCCUCUCAGAUGAGCGGGAUGAAGCAAUGUUUUGUUUUUCAUUGCAGUUUAAUUUUGUACCAACACAACUUGAUCGCAAAUUACAGAUCAAUGUUGUCAUAGGAUAUCAUAUCAUGGGUUCUUACCCUUGACCUUUGCAUAUGCUAUAUACAUAUGCAUAUUGUAAAUAGUAUUACGAGGACGUAAAGCCCAUACCUGUUGAGGCAUUUAUGUGUUACUGAGAGAAAUAUGACAUUUUUGGAAAAUGUCAUACUAAUGUCUCUUUUUGAAAAGUGCCUUAGCCACUCAAGAAAGCAAUUAGUGAGGUCAGAUCAUGAUUUUCAAUGUGAGCACAGUAUGGCCAGAAUGGAGGGGAGGGGGGUGUAUCAGAGGAUUAAACCAAUUCUAUUUUUUUAUUUAGCUUUGUGUCACAUCGUAGCAUAUCUACCUUUCAGUAAUUGUUACCGGAUAGCUACCAUGUUCUAAAAUCUGUGUUAAUAAGGUGAAACAUGGAGCCUUCUGUCUACUUAGCAAGAUGAAGUGUUUGAUUUGGUUAAAAGCUUUAACAUCCACAAAGUUGUUUUAAUUGGACUGAGUGAGUAACCAGGCUCUCAACUAUGACCAUCCUUUUAUUUCUUCUAUUCCUGUAAUUCUAGACUUAUUUUUUUUGUAAAAGACCAAUAAAUGUAUUCAUUAUAGAAAGUGUCUUGCUUAACUGA